GCCUGGAGAGGAAGUACAAUGGCGGCGAACGGAGAGAGGCUCGAUACGUCUGCUGGAAGUAAACAACAGCUAAUCAGCAGCCAGAUAUCCCAUCGUACAAGGCACCGGGAUGUGUUCAAAGACACAUUCUUCUCUAUUAUCGAGUCUCUCGCUGAGUUCGGCUCAAAGCUUAAAGUGGGCGAUGGGUUGCUGGGCAUAAGUGCCAGUGCAAGCAAUGUGAACAUCUCUGAGCUUCAGCCAUCAAAUGUGUACACCUGUUUACAACAGCACAUCUCCAAGCUACAGUCAAUAUCUGUAACCCUAAAGCACAUAGUGGAGUCUGAAGGCCAGCCCGGCCCAGGCAACAGUGAAAGCAGGCUGGCCUCCAGGAGAGAAACAGCAGAAACAUCUGAGCAGAUGGUGGUUGACUCGCAGCAAGUUCCUCCUACAUCUCAACACAACAUUGUCCAUGAGGAUCAAAACAAGACUCAGACUGAUGACAAUGUGCAGAUCAAGGCUGGUAAAUCUGAGAUUGAACGUAGGAUAUCUGCAUUUAUAGAGCGCAAACAGCUGGAGAUCAAUGAAAACAAUGUGAGGGAGUUUUGCAACGUGAUUGACUGCAAUCAGGAGGACAGUUGUGCAAGAACCGAUGCAGUCUUCACUCCGUAUCCUGGUUUCAAGAGUCACGUCAAAGUGACACGUGUGGUAAAUACAUAUGGACCCCAGACCAGAGGAGUGCAUGCUGAGCUGGGUGACCAGCAGCAGGGCUCCAUUAGCAGAGACUGUGGGAACUCUGCCAUUGAGGAGAGGCUCCAAAACAUGGAAGCUCACCUUAAACUUUCAGCAGCGGGUCCAGUUCCUCAAAGCGUUUAUCAGCGGCUCAAGAAACUUGAAGAUCGAAUUCUGGAGCUCGAGGGUCUUUCUCCAGAGUACUUCCACUCCACAAAUUACUCACUUAAGCGAACUAAAGCCUCCAUGUCACAGAGCUACAGCCUCGCAGAGCUCAAUGGGAAGAUCAGUGCCGUCAAAGCUGCCUUGCUGAAAAAAACUAGCGAGUUCCAACCCACAGACGCAGAGGAGUUUCCAUAUUGACAUAAACGAAAAACCUUGAGUACUUUUGAUUUUGACAUUUUUUUUUCCUUCUCAAAAUUUGAUCCCUGUCGAUGUCAUUUAUUUUUUUCCAUGUAUGGAGCUGCAGUGAUAAUGUAUCUUUGGUUUAUAACAUUCUGUCACUGAAUAUUUAUAUUUGUAAAAUGUGUUAACAUGUAUUAUUCAUGAUAAACUGUUUUUGUUUUUCAUUUAUUCACUGUAAAUAUAUGUGGUACACCAGACACGAAUUUAUAUAAAUGUACAUUUAAUUUA